GAUGCGGUCGACGCCAUCGCAUCACUGCCGUCGAUUCGUCUGUCUUCUGCGGCGCGAAUAGCGUGCCCUCUCGUUUGCGGUUCCACUGCUAUUCCCCCCUCUCUCGCACUCAGCCCUAUCACCAUCGCAUCGAUCGCCGUAUUCUACUCCCAAGAGCGCGUCUUUUUUGAUCCAUUUGAUUUCUGCUGACGUUUUAGUAUCUUUCCCUCGAUCUCUACGUAUCUUUUGAUCGCCAUAUUUAUUUCCUGGCUGCUGCGAUCUUCUCGUUCUUCUUCCCAUCGGAUACCCAACCACUGUAUUUAAUGCUCGUUUUCUUGAUCUUUGGAGGUUUCUUUUCGUGGGAGGAAUAUUCUGGUAGACUGUCCUUAUUCUUGUUUUGGGAAUUCUUCUUCGUGUCCGCUUCGUCGUUUUCUGUUUUGUUUCCUCGUUUGCCAAACGCAUUCUUAGCGUGGCUGAAGAAUCAGACAUUUUGACGCGAAGAAGCUGGAGCUCUGAUUUCUGAUUUCGGAUUGUGGCGUCAAGAUUGGAUCUUGAUUCUCGUUGCUGGAUCUGCCUGAGGUUUGGCGGGUUGCGGACCUCCGAUUACCCGGCGCAGAGAAUUCUAGAUUUUGGCGGUGGUUGAUUAGGGAAAAGAAGAAGUUUUCAGGGAGGCUUUGCUGGAUUUUACCCGCUGUUUUAUUGGUCUUAAAUGAUGGCAGACCGGUUUUGAUUUGGUUCUUUGAACUUUGGAAGAACUAUUUGGAAGCCCUCGUUUUUUUGGAUUUAGGAUUCGCAGUACCAUCCAACGAGGUUUUGGAAUGGUUUUCGGCUUCGUUUCAUGUAAAAAGUGGUUCCUUGAUUUUAUUGCAUCGUUUAGGACGCUCGCGUGACUGCGGUGGGGGAAGGAGUAAGCAGUUUCUUAUGGGCUGUGCUUCCUCCAAAGGAAUCUCGGGAGAUGACGGCCCCAAGUUUCGGCGGCCCAAGGCUUCGAGGAGGAGAAUGUUUUCUUCAUCAAGGAGGGAGGAAGUUGGGGAGGUAAAUGCCGAUGCUCGUGUUGGCCGUGAUAGGAGCAGCACGGCAUGGCUUAUAUCGAACUCGCAAAGGAGCGGCGCCACUUCCCCACCUCCCUUGGUGGGUGACAGCAAGAAUGAAGGGGCUGGGCACCAGAGCCGGAUAACGGUGGGUGCUCGUCCGAAUGUGUUACAGCCGGGUUCAGUGGUUGUCAAUAUGGAGGCAUUGGAGGAACAAAAUCUGGUGAUCUCUCGCAUAUCAGACGGGUUCAAUUUUGAGCAUGUUGCAGCAGGUUGGCCUUCUUGGCUCACAGCUGUUGCAGGGGAUGCAGUCAAAGGGUGGCUGCCACGCAGAGCAGAUUCCUUUGAUAAUUUCAACAAGAUUGGGCAAGGAACUUAUAGUAGUGUGUACAAAGCGCGUGAUCUUGAAACUGGCAAAACUGUUGCACUUAAGAAAGUCCGAUUUGAUAAUACGGAUCCUGAAAGUGUACGGUUUAUGGCAAGGGAAAUAUACAUUCUACGUAGACUUGAUCAUCCAAAUGUUGUGAAGCUCGAAGCUCUAGUUACAUCAAAAAUGUCAUGUGACUUAUAUCUUGUUUUUGAAUAUAUGGAGCAUGAUAUUUCUGGACUUGUAGCAACUUCCUGUGUCAAGUUUACUGAACCCCAGGUUAAGUGCUAUAUGCAGCAGCUGCUUUGUGGGCUUGACCAUUGUCAUGGCCGUGGUGUCUUGCAUCGAGACAUCAAGGGUUCAAAUCUUUUGAUUGACAACAAUGGGAUUUUAAAAAUAGCAGACUUUGGAUUAGCUACAUUUUAUAAUCCUGACCAAAAGCAGGAAUUAACAAGCCGUGUGGUAACACUGUGGUAUCGUCCUCCUGAGCUCUUGCUGGGCGCUACAGAGUAUGGUGUUGCUGUUGAUAUGUGGAGUACCGGUUGCAUUAUCGCGGAAUUGCUUGCUGGGAGGCCUAUCAUGCCAGGAAAGACUGAGGUAGAGCAAUUGCAUAAGAUAUUCAAGUUAUGUGGCUCACCGUCUGAGGAGUUCUGGAGGACAUCAAAGUUGCCCCAUGGUACUUCUUUUAAACGCCAACAACUCUAUCCACGCUGUGUAAGGGAAACAUUUAAGGAUUUCCCUUCUUCAGCAUUAGCUCUUGUUGAUCGUCUACUUUCAAUAGAUCCAGCAAUCCGAGGAACAGCUGCUUCCGCGCUCCAUAGUGAAUUUUUCACUACAAAGCCUUUUGCCUGUGACCCUUCAAGUUUGCCAAAAUAUCCUCCGAGCAAGGAAUAUGAUGCUAAACUUCGGAAUGAAAAAGCUAGAAGGCUGUCAAAGAGCAGCAACUAUCAAGUAUAAUGGAGUUGAAUUUCAAAGUAGGAAGGAAAUGCUUGCUUGUGAUGGCAACAUGGAAUCACAGGUAUAUCUGCGAGCAUAUUUACUUUUAGAUUUUCAGUGUAGCUGAAAUAUUUUUUAAAAUUAAAAAGACAAUAUUUGUGACAUGCUGUGCAAGGGGCUGCUCAAGAGCCCUCAGUGUCAAUCAAUAAUAAUUGCAAACGCAAGAUAUGCUGUGUAUUUUUCAUAUCCAUUGAUGUGGCAAGACAUUACUAGUUCUUCAAUUCUUAUUACUACUCAAUUUGUUUAAUUAUUUCAUUAUUAUUUUUGGACAAAAAGAUAAAACACUUAUGGAGUGAUAGAAUAUCUACUAGCAAGUUGCAACCGAUAAUGUAGUACUUUUUCUUGGUGAAAAAUGGGAUAUCACACUUGAUAUGGUCAAAUUUGCUCGUCAAUCCAAUUCGAUAAAAUUGAUCUGACCUAGCCUAUUUUUCAAGUGUUUUCACAUUUGAAAGAUGUUGAGGAUUUAGAACUUAGUCAAGGGAGAAAUUUUUCCAAAGUCAAAAUAAACUUGUAUUCCUUAUCGUUGAUAUGUCCUUAUUCAGUCUGUAUCUCAUCUUGUUUAUGUAAAGGACUCCUUGGACUCAUCGGCUAUUUGUUGGCAAAGCCCCUCCGAUAGUCAAGUCAACACUUGUUCGCCAAAAGCUCAUAAGGAGUUUAGUACUUGUUUGAUAAAUUUGGAAUAUUGAUAUAUGUUGCUUUAUAUAGCGUCAAUUUUUAAUUAUCAUUUUGAUGAGAGAAAUAUUUUCUUUAUAUGCUCUACCAAUAUAUCAUUCCCAAUAAGCUAUUUUGUAAACUUUGGUAGAUAACAUGUUCAAUAGACGUUAAUUGGACUCCAUGUGUUGAAUCUCGAUUGGCCAAAAUUAAUGGCCAUGUCAUUCCAUCCGCUAGGCAAUUUGGGACCUUGAUAAUUGAUAUAUAUGUUUUAAAAUUGGUCACUUUCUUGUCCUGAGUAGAUGCAUCUGGCGUAAGAAAAAUGCUUUGCGCUUGGCCAACUACUUAGAUGCUUUGGAUAUUGUUUUAUCUGGGGUGGAUACAUCACAUGCAAAUUGGACGUACCAAGAUAUGUCGAGUGUUUCAAAUGAAUGAAUCGGUGUAUCACACACAAAGAAAUGCUUUGGCCAUAGUCGUGUUACUUAUGUUAAGAAAUUGGUUACUUUCUUGUCUAAGGUAGAUAUAACAAGCAUAAGAAAAAUGCUUUGGGCUUGGUCAACUGCAUCAUAUGCUGUUUUGUCGUGGGUGGAUGCAUCACGUGCAAAUUGGACAUAUCAAGAUAUGUCAGGCGUUUUGAAUGCUCUUAUGUUAUCGGCGAACGAAUCACUAUCACACAAAAAAAGAAAUGCUGUGGCCCUGGUUGAUUGAGUCGGGUGGUUCAAAUGUUUUUUGGUCUUGGACGGAUGCAUCUUACCUAAAGAUAGAUGCCUUGGGCCUUGUUGGCUGCAUUGGGCGCUUCAUAUUCUUUUGUCUCGAGUGAAUGCAUCACGUCCAAAAAGAUAUGCUUUGGGCUUGGUUGAUUGCAUCGGGCUAUUUGAAUCCUUUUCGUCUUGGGUGAAAGCAUCUUGUGCAAAUGAAAUGCUUUUGGAAUGCAUUAAUUGCUUUGGCUGCUUUUUGUUUGGAUGAAUGUAUCAUGUGCAAAGGGAACUUUUUGGGCCUUGGGCGUCAUAAGCACAAAAAACCUUGAUAUAUAUUUGUGUCAUUGGUUUUGACAUAGAUCGUUGUGUGAUGUGGUGGUAAGGGGCUUCACAUAUAAAUAAAAGAUCCUCAGUUCAAGACUUCAGGGGUUAUAAAAUAAACCUCAUGUAUUUGAGAACAUGGAGCAUAGGCUCGGGUUCAGGUCAUGCAUAGGCUUGGGUGCGGUUGGUUCGAGCUAGCUUGGUUAAGCUUUGGGUUUGUUGGCUCAGCUUUAGCUUGGUUCUGAGGUUAGACUGAUUAAGCCCCAUCAAAGCUGGUCGUGUUGGACUCACCUGACCAAUCUUGGGUCUUACCUGACCUCAGCUGGCUGGUAUGGGCUUUUUGCUAUCCGACCUGAGUUGGUUAGGAGUGCUUAGUUGUUUUCAGGUCGAUUCUUUCCCCUUUUAAUGGAGUCAAAUUCGUAGUAGAAAGUUUGCUUUAUAUAAGUAUUGUAACCAUUUGUUUGACGAGAGCAUCCUCUAUUGGUAUAGCCUUAGCAAGUUUUUUUUCACAGGUGACAUGGCAUGUCCAGUAGAUGCUGACUGGACUCCGCAUGUGAAGUUUGGAUUGAUUGAAUAAACGGCCAUAUCAACACUUAUUCAACAUUACUUCUGAUACACUUAGUAAUGUAUAUAAACAUCGUUGUAUAUAGUAACAUAGGUACCAACGGAAGCAUGCAUAACUUUAUCUGGACAGUAUUGUAUCGCUGUUACUUUGACAUUGGGGUUUAGAAGGUUGCAAUGCUACUGGAGGGAUGCCUCUUUCAGUUUUAAAUGAACUUUUCCCUUUUUUUAUUUCUCUUUGCAGCACCACAUAUAGGCCAAAGAUAUUUAUGUUGUUAUUUAAUUUAAAUAUACAAAACAAAUAUUACAAAGAAGGACAAGAGAGGGAGAAAGAAAGGAGAGAGUGUUCAUUGCACUUACAUUCUCAAGACAUUCCUCAAGGAUCCCUCUAAAGUAAGAUUCAGAAACAGAGGUAGCUUGCAUGAUAAUCAUUUGGAAAUUGGAAGAUACUUUGUUCUAGUUCUUUCCAUAUCUCCUGACAGGUGUUUAAGAAAAAUCCCUUCAUGCAUAUCACCACCUCCUUCCCGUUUUUCUCCUGAAUCAGAUUUGGUUGAUAUUAGUAGGAUACAAAUAAUCCUCCAUUGCUUGAAAAGUCCAUCUCCAAUUUCUUAUGCAAAAGAGAAACAGAGUGGAAUAUGAUCUUUUAUGCCAUUUGGAUUCCCAUUGCAUUGUUACUCAAUCUCCUUCUUUCUCACUUCAAAUGGUCCAACUUCCCAUGUGAUUCCUUCUAUUCCAGUGUUAGCCACAUGACAUUUUUCCAAUAACAAAUGCUGGGUCUUUCAAUAGCCUUUAGAAAUUGGUUAUAUGUCCAGAGUUGAGGAGCUUUUAGAGUGAUUCCAUAUGGAAUCAGGGGCUACCAAAGGAUACUACAUCAUAUAUAGUGCCUAAUGAUCAAGCUUGGUGUGAGUAGUUCCUCCAUUUUCAUCUGCUUUGUGUACAGUCAUGGAGUUUUUCUCCCACACUGAGAUGAUGCUUCUAAGAGUACAGUUGAUAGGGCUACUAUUAUGGCCACUGGAAGGUAAGAAGUUGAAACUUCAGAGCAUAAUGUAUAUUCAUUUAAAAUCUGGUAUAAUAUUGAUAUCCCGACUUGAAUUGGACCCCAGUUAAGGAGCUUCCAACCAAAGAUCACUACGGCGGUUAGAGCUGAUAUAUGACUAGGCCAAUUUAUGAAUUGUGUCGGCUGGCACAGGGAAUGUAUUGCUGCAUGGCAUGGAAUUUAAUGAGACGGAAUUUAUUUUCAAUGUUUAGCAAUACAAUUUGCAGAAUUCAGAAGCAUGCUGUUGGUCACAAGAGUUGCAUAUAUUGAUUUGGAAUAAAGUAAGAUUAAAGGGAAUUUGAUCGGCCAUGACAUUGAGAAAUUAUGAAGAGUAAAUUAGGUUGGCUAUCCCGUCUUAAUAAUUUAUGUACAGAAUAGCACCCUAUCCUCCCAGACCACCAAAUGCACCUAGGAUAUCUAGAAAACAACUUAAUAUACUUAAAGCCCAUCUACUCAGUGUGAAGCAAAUUGAUGGAGAGCUAAUUUUAAAGGAAUACCUGUUAACUCUUGAUAGUGAUCCUUGAUAUUUUUAGGCUUACAUCUGAUCAUCACCACUCAUGAUUUGCUCAUGUUGUCAAACUUGUUAUCUAUGUCACUUCAUUUUCUAUGCUGCACCUUUCUACUGCCAGUGUGUUAAAUUUGUGUGAUUGCCAGCCUUGUUACCUUGAUCAGUUCAUUUGAUAGGCUGCAUCUUUUAACUUCCAGUGAGUUAAAUUUGUGUGAUAUAUUGACAUGAUGUGCACACAUGCAUUAUAUGAUGUGACAACUGUUAAUGGUGAAUGUCAAUUCAAAAAUAAUGUGAGAGCACUUCACUUGAAACAGCCUUUGAGUUUGAGUCAUCUGAACAUUUUCAACUUGCCAGUAUUCUCCCCAUUAUUCUGUCUGUGAACUAGCUAGGAAGAGUCCUGUGUGCUAAAACUUGAUAUUUUAAAUCAGAAUCUCAUGGAUCUAUCUCUUGUUACUUGGACAUGUCUGAGAGUCACACUUACAUCGUUGAAUCUUCCAUUAUUUGGAAUGAGCGAUUUGACGUAGCAAACCAUCACUAAUGGUGUCAGCAGCUGGUUAUGGUCUUAAGCUUAAAGCAAAUAAAACCAAAGGUGGAGUAGAGGUGGACUGGAGAGGAAUUACAAAACUGAAAGAAUCGAAGUUGGAGCUACUGGCUCCAUCUUUUCUUUUUUUCGUCCACAAAAAAAUCAAAAGAAAUCUAAUAUGAUAUAGUUUUCUGGUGCUUCCCAUUUUAAUAAGAAUAACAUGCCACUAUAAUCAAGAUCUCGUUCCUGUAGAGAACAAACUGAAAUGAGAACUAUCUAUAAUUUUGGAAAGAACAUAAUAGGAUACCAUUUUUACAAUAAAACCUUAUUGAAUAUUAUUGUUAUUCCAAAUGAUGAUUAGAAGACAGUAAUUUCUUUUUUUAUGGUUUUAUAUGGGCCAGGCUGACCUUGUAGUUGUUAAAUUUCCACCUGCUCAACCUUUCUUGGACCAGUCCAUUCCUAGGAUUUAUAUGGGGGUUACUUUUAUUUUGUUUGGUUAUAGAAGUGGAAGGACAAUAACGUCCACUUCUGUCUCCCCAAAAAUGAGGUUCUCUUUGGUUUCUCAGCAGCAAGCAUCCUAAGUUCAUCAGCUGAGAAUGAAGGAUUUAAAGAUUAGAAGUCACAAGUUCCAGAUUAUGGUUUUAUUUUUUAACCUUGUAAUUGACAUGUUGAGGGUUCUAUGUUGGUGGAAAUAUGGAAGUUACAAGGAAACCUUAAAACAAGCAGUGACAAGUACAAACCAAAAGAGGAGGCAUUAUCAGGUUUCCGAAGAGAUCCUCCUAGAGGAUCGUUUUGCUCAUGGUUGUCCUUUGAUACACUCUGGCUGCUCGUCUCCUACAGGACUGUCUGCUGACCCAGAAAUAAGAACACCUGUAUCACAUGUACCUCAGGCAGGAGCUGCAGACUUGCCCAUUGCAUCAGGUUCAAUGGUUGCAAGAAGCGAUAGUAGACAGAGUGCUAAGUGCACACAUACGUUAAGGAAUCAAGUAGCCUCCGAAUACAAUCAUCUUGGUUCUGCCGAUUCAUCUGAGAAGCGAGAAUGGACUCUUCACUUGCUUGAUGGGCAUUCGUCCUCUCACAAGAAGGAUGAUAGGAAAGAAGACAAGGAAUCAACAACUGGUGUGGCUCUAAGAACCGAAUUCACUACUCUGGGCCAUUGAUGCCGCCAGGGAGGGACACCAAAGAGAUGCUCAAAGAGCACGUGCGACAAGUCCACCUGGGUGUACGCAGAGCCUGUCUUGACAGAGCCAAAGUCAAGAAUUAUGGCGAGAGGACUCAGUUUGAAGCCUUUCUCUGUUCUAGCAGGAACGGCAGGUCAGAUCGAUGUCUUUGAACUUACAUAUCUUUUUUUCUCUUCUAUCGUGAGAAUUCGAUUCAACAAUGUGGUCCUUGAGACAGAACCAAUGCUAAAGCACAAUACUUCCGCCGAAAAGAUCUUCGUAAAGAUCAAACACAGCACGAACCUGUCGGUACGUGUAAAUGACAGGUUUGCAACAUGUAUUUCAAAU